GGGGGCCGGUCCGUCGCUCGGCCGGCUGGGGCUCCAGGAGGAGCUAACGUUCCUUGACGUGUGGCAGGGUGCAGUUUUCCUGGACUGUCGGAUAGAGGCACGCUCCGGAGAGGUCUGAAGACGCUUCUUUUCCUCGUGUCCAUUCAUCGCUUCGGAUGCCUUCCUGGUUCCCUGGACCCAUGUCUGGAGGAGUAACGCUUGUCCCGCAACAACAGAACUGUUUGCAAGGAGCUGCCUUUGGCGGCCCAGGAAUUUGCUGGACUUGAGUCCGAAUUUGGUGCUCCGAUUUUGAAGAUUUUCGGACCCCGGGGAAACUGAGUCCAGGAAACGCUUCCCGUGGAGUUGCCGGUGACAUCUCCGUCUGGUUCGUGGAUGGGGUCAGACGCCUGACGUCAAGACCAGGUUGAACCCACCUCGCCCCUCCCCACGGCAGCCAUGGCAGAGCCCGAGGAUUCGCCGCACCCCAGCCCUGGCGAGGCCCCGGCGGAAGAGGCCUCCCCCCAGAACGACGCCUUCCCUCUCUCGUCGCUGGCCAACCUGUUUGAGAGCGAAGACGGCGGCGCCGAGGCCGCCCGGAGCCCGCCGGGGUCCGGAGACGGCAAGCAGAACCUGCGGAUGAAAUUCCACGGGGCCUUCCGCAAGGGAGUCCCCAACCCCAUGGACCUCCUGGAAUCCACCAUCUACGAGUCUUCGGUCGUGCCGGGGCCCAAGAAGGCUCCCAUGGACUCGCUCUUCGACUACGGCACCUACCGCCACCACCCCAGCAACAACAAACAGAGGCGCAAGAAAGCCCUGGAGAAGAAACGCCCCAGCACCAAAGGGCCGGCCCCCCACCCGCCGCCCAUCCUCAAGAUCUUCAAUCGGCCCAUCCUCUUUGACAUCGUCUCCCGGGGUUCCACGGACGACCUGGACGGCCUCCUGCCCUUCCUGCUCACCCACAAGAAACGCCUGACGGACGAGGAGUUUCGAGAACCCUCGACCGGCAAGACGUGCCUCCCCAAAGCCCUGCUCAACUUGAACAAUGGCAAGAAUGACACCAUCCCACUGCUGCUGGACAUCGCCGAGAAAACGGGCAGCAUGAGAGAAUUCAUCAACUCGCCCUUCCGCGACGUCUACUACCGAGGUCAGACGGCGCUGCACAUCGCGAUUGAGCGGCGUUGCAAGCACUACGUGGAGCUGCUGGUGGAGAAAGGGGCCGACGUCCAUGCCCAGGCCCGUGGCCGCUUCUUCCAGCCCAAGGACGAGGGCGGCUACUUCUACUUCGGCGAGCUGCCCCUCUCCCUGGCGGCCUGCACCAACCAGCCCCACAUCGUCCACUACCUGGCGGAGAAUGCCCACAAGCAGGCCGACCUGCGUCGCCAGGACUCCCGGGGCAACUCGGUGCUCCACGCCCUGGUGGCCAUCGCCGACAACACCCGCGAGAACACCAAGUUCGUCACCAAGAUGUACGACCUGCUGCUGAUCAAGGCCGCCAAGGUCUUCCCCGACACCCACCUGGAGGCCCUGCUUAACAACGACGGCCUCUCGCCCCUCAUGAUGGCGGCCAAAAGUGGGAAGAUCGGGAUGUUCCAGCACAUCAUCCGUCGGGAGAUCAAGGACGAAGACGCCCGCCACCUCUCCCGGAAGUUCAAGGACUGGGCCUACGGGCCCGUCUACUCCUCCCUCUACGACCUUUCCUCCCUGGACACGUGUGGCGAGGAAGUUUCGGUGUUGGAGAUCCUGGUGUACAAUAGCAAAAUUGAGAACCGCCACGAGAUGUUGGCCGUGGAACCCAUCAACGAGCUCUUGCGGGACAAAUGGCGCAAGUUCGGCGCCGUCUCCUUCUACAUCAGCGUGGUCUCCUACCUCUGCGCCAUGGUCAUCUUCACCCUGGUGGCCUACUACCGCCCCCUGGAGGGCAUCCCCCCGUACCCGUACACCACCACCACCGACUACCUGCGCCUCGCUGGGGAGAUCGUCACGCUUUUCACGGGCGUCCUCUUCUUCUUCACCAACAUCAAAGACCUCUUCCUGAAGAAAUGCCCAGGGGUGAAUUCCUUCUUCAUAGAUGGCUCCUUCCAGUUGCUCUACUUCAUCUAUUCGGUGCUGGUCCUGGUCGCCGCCGCCCUGUACCUGGCGGGCAUCGAGGCCUACCUGGCCGUCAUGGUUUUCGCGCUGGUGUUGGGCUGGAUGAACGCGCUCUACUUCACCCGAGGACUCAAGCUGACAGGGACCUACAGUAUCAUGAUCCAGAAGAUCCUGUUCAAAGACCUCUUCCGCUUCCUGCUUGUCUACGUGCUUUUCAUGAUCGGCUACGCGUCAGCGUUGGUCUCCUUGCUGAACCCUUGCCCCAGCAUCGAGGCCUGCGACGAGGGGCGCGCCAACUGCACGGCGCCCGCUUACCCCUCUUGCCGGGACAGCAAGACGUUCAGCACCUUCCUGUUGGACCUCUUCAAGCUCACCAUCGGCAUGGGCGACCUGGAGAUGAUCGAGAACGCGAAAUACCCCGGCGUCUUCGUCAUCCUCCUGGUCACCUACAUCAUCCUCACCUUCGUCCUCCUGUUGAACAUGCUCAUCGCCCUCAUGGGGGAGACCGUGGGCCAGGUGUCCAAGGAGAGCAAGCAGAUCUGGAAGCUCCAGUGGGCUACCACCAUCCUGGAUAUCGAGAGAUCCUUCCCUGUGUUCGUCAGGAAAGCUUUCCGCUCGGGAGAGAUGGUCACCGUUGGGAAGUCCUUGGACGGGACGCCCGACCGACGGUGGUGUUUCAGGGUUGACGAAGUGAACUGGUCUCACUGGAACCAGAAUUUGGGCAUCAUCAAUGAAGACCCCGGCAAGAACGACACCUACCAAUACUACGGCUUCUCCCACACGGUGGGCCGGCUGCGUCGAGAUCGCUGGUCAACGGUGGUUCCGCGGGUGGUGGAGCUGAACAAGAACUCCCAUCCGGACGAGGUGGUGGUCCCCCUGGAGAGCGUGCGAUCGCCCCAGGCGAAUGAACACAAACCAAGUUACCCCCAGAGCUGGAGGAGGGAAGACUCUCACAUCUAAGCCCUUGCGGCAGGGGAAGUGGGCGUGAGGGAGGCACGCUCGGGGCCGAUCAGCAAACUCACCCGGCCUUUCGCUGCUCCCCGUACAGCCUUGGGGUGCAGGACGUGGGCCCAGCGUGGAUGGAGCGGCCCUCUUCGUUCUCCAGCCUUCGUUCUCCACGGGCCGUGGUUGCACCCUGCAGAAAGUGGCAGCCGUGAUCCAUUCAGAAACACCAAGCAAGCAGACAAGCACUUACUUGCCAUGGGAUGGACAUAAAGGGGACGAGAAAGCAAGCCCGGCUGCGUUUUCAGCUUUAAACUUGCUUUUUAAAAACGCCAACCACACAUAAGCCAAGUUUCUCAGAAUGCCAAAUUACGCACCAGAUGCCCCCACGGGCACGGAGGCACGGACGCUUUGGCCGGGCUCCGGAGCUCCUGGCUGCUGCUGAACUUCAGCGUGCCAAGGCCACAGCUAGCCAGAGGUGCUGUUUUAAGCGAGAAGCCCACCUUCCCCGCCAGAGUAAGUCUUUGGAGACGAGUUCCACUUUCUGGGCGAAUUCGACAGAGGCCGGC